CUUUCUUCUAUGUAUAACGAGGGGUAGGCGAAAAAAAAAAAAAUACUUAAUUUGAUUUUGAAUCCCCACAUAUUCUCUCCUCUCCACUCUUAUAAUACACACACACAUAUACAUAUAUAAAUAAAUAUAGUAAUGUCAGAAAAAGCGUCUCAACAAGAUAUGGCGAAAUCUCGAAUUCCUCUCGAGUAUCGUGAUUAUUGUGCAAAUCUUUUAAUCCCACUUAACAAGUGUCGAGGCGAAACUUUUUAUCUUCCUUGGAAGUGUGAAAAUGAACGUCAUGCCUAUGAAAAAUGCCAAUACGAGGAUUUUAAGCGUCGUAUGAAAGAACAACAAGCAAAAGCAGAAGAAGAGGAAUAAAGCUGUAUAAAAGAUUCAAAUUAUAAUAAUAAUGACAAUAAUAAUAAAAAAAAGAACAUAUACACGGAAAUACAAAAUUAUACUGCAUCUAUUUGUAUAUUAUUUUUUUCUGAAGACAAUUAUACAAGUUUUCAUUUUUGCAGACGAAUAAAGAACAGAUAGAAAAUGAUUUUAUAUGUAAUAUGGAAACUACUAUAUAAGAAGACGUAGAUUGCAAAAUUGGAAAAGAUAAAAGCG